AUGGGGAGCAGCGAAGAGUCAGCGUUCCUCAGUCUGGCAGGCCAGGUGCUGGUACUUUUCUUGAUAUCAGUUCUCAUAAUCCUGGCUGUCUUUGGAAACAUAGCCCUCCUCUUUGCAAUGUACACUCAGCCCAAACUCAGGACUACUUCAAAUCUCUUCAUCGGCAGUUUGGCGUUUGCUAAUCUCAUGACGGGUCUGUACACCAUGCCGAUGGGCUUCAUCGCCAUCGCUUUCAAAGGACGGUGGAUACUGGGAGAUGCCAUGUGUCAGUUAGGAGGGUUUAUCGAUCAGAUGACCAUAUGCGCUGGGAUGGUCACCCUCGGCAUGACCAGUGUUGAUAGAUAUUUCCUGGUGUGCCAUGCUGUGAAGUAUCCAGACAUCAUGACAAGGAAGAGGUGCUGGGCCUGCAUCAUCGCCAUCUGGGUUUGGAGUGUGAGCGUAUCAAUCCCUCCUUUCUUUGGGUGGAGCGAGUACAGUUUCUCUGAAGCAUCCUACACCUGUGCAAGCGGACUUGGUUCCUCCUACUUCAAGUUCUACGUUUCAGCUACUUUUCCAAUUCCCAUCCUCAUCAUAUUCCCCACUUAUUACUUCAUUCUCAAGAGCUCGAUGGGAGGAUCCGGAGCCUUGACAAAGUCCAAGAGACACCGAGGAAAUUUGAGGACAGCCAAGAUUAUACUCCUUAUCAUCAUCAUAUUCGCAGUGUGUGUAUUCCCAGUGUUCCUCAUUGGUAUCCUACUGAGUGCAAAUGUCAACAUACCAAAAAGCCAGAAGUUAGCCUUCUCAGUGAUCUGGCUCCUAAUCGCCAACUCCAGCAUCAACCCCAUCCUCUACGGGCUGCUGAACAAGAACUUCCGAGCGGUGUACCUGAUAAAGAUCCAGCGGUGUCUGGGUCUGCCCCACCACACCCCUCACAAGUCCCCCGGACUGAGCAGCUCCAUGGGACCAGCUAGUGUGGUGAUGAAUGGGACGGAGAGCUCAUGCGCUGUUACUCAGGGUACUACCAGGUGCCAUUUCAACGCUGUCUUGGAGGACCACUGAGAGACACGAUAUUUGUUCCGUUGUACAUAAAAUGUGUAUAUAUAUUUUAUGUUAUCUUAAGGAUUAAUGAAUAUUUUGUGCAGGCUCAGUCAAGAUUUGUGGCAGACAUUUUUACUCAUAAUCAAAAUGUAGCACGUUUCCUAUAUUAGAAUAUUUAUAGAAUUACUUUAGAAACUUUUCUCUGUUGAAUAGCAUCAUUGGUGAGUAGAGCUUUUUAUUUUGGAAAGCUUUGACUAAUACUUAAUUCAUAGCAAUUUGUGAUGUCCUUAGAACUGUAUAGCUUUCCUGACAAAGCAGAUUAAUUGUUCCGUGUGUGAGGAUUGAACUUUCAGUACUUGAACUUUCAGUCAUCCGUACAAGAAAACACAUUUGAUGGGAUGGACCGUUUUUUGUUCAACACAUAGCAUUAUAGCUUUUACUCCUAUUUUACUGCGCUAUCUGAUUAAAUUAGU